AUGCACUACCAAGCAAUACCAACACUACAAGAAAUAUGGACAUUGAUAGCAGAUUACCAUAGCACGGUUUUCGUAACUGCUAUUAAAGGGAGUUUGUUGGGGUCUUUGAAUUUCAAAGCAGUUGUGAUUGAGGUAAUCUAUGACAAAGUACCAGGACCAAGAUGGGGUUUCGGAUUCGUGACUAUGUCGCCAGUCUCUGAAGUUGAGGCAGCUGCUCAAGAGUUCAAUGGCUAUCUGAGAAAUGAGGCGUUUGAUGGAUACUUAUAUGGUUUUAUGCUGUUCUAUAUUCCAGUGAUAAGCUGCAAAGACGCUAAUCUGGAGAAAUUGGAGAGCAGAAACAGUGAUCUUUAA